AUGGCAGUUGUGUUGACGCCAUUGCCUAAUCCAGCGAUAAAUCGACCGAUAAUCAUCUGCGCCACGCUGAAUGACGUGGUUUGCAUCCCAGGCGUCACAGGCCGACUUCAUGCUAAAGAUAUCCGUGAUUCCGAGCUAUUAGCUAUACAUGAAGCAUCUGUUCAAGGCGUCCAACAUGAGCUUGAGGUCUCCAAAGUUAAUUGGCGCUCUCUCCUGCAAAAGGAGAGUCCUCCUAGGAAUGGGCACCCAGUUGAUGCAGCGGUGGGUGACAUCAACGCAAUUAAUUACUACUUGCCUGUUGUGUUUGCCUCUCUGCACGUCUCCCGUCAAAUGUCACUGAUCCUGUACGCUUGCAAUGCCAUUAAUGUCAUGAUUUUCACUACAUUCGCCAUUACCGCCAUUGACGGCCGAAAACGGCUCAUGUUGUGGGGCGCUGUAUGGCAGGGCACUUGCUUCGCACUUCUCGCGGCUGGCCUCGCUGUCGGUGGACGCAAGUGUGUUCGGUUUGUCCUGGAUAGCCAUUCCGUGGAUGUAUGCAACCGAGGUGAAUACACAGCCCUGAACCGCGGCGCUGGUCUUGCGACGGCGACCAACUGGAUCUGCAACUAUGCCGUGGUCUUGGUAACCCCAAUUGGUAUCAGAAAAAUUGAUUGGCGGUACUAUAUUAUUUACGUGGUCCUAAAUUUUCAUGUGUUCCUGUGGUUUCCAUGUGUUUUUGAGGGACAGAAAUCCAGUGGUCCAGAAGAUAUGCUGAAAGACGGCAUCGUCAAUGAAGAAUAUAAGGCUCGGCCGGAUAAGGGACAGAGUGAAUGGGUUGAAUCCGUUGACUCGAGGAAGAUGGACUAG